UUGAGACAACUCUUUAGAGAAGAGAAGAGAAGAGAAGAGCAGAGCAGAGCAGAGAAGAAAGAAGAAGAUAGCGAUUAGAAGAAAUGAUGGAAGAAGGUCCACCAGCUCCGAAGAUGCUUCGGAUGGUCUACUUCGUCGGCGCCGGAUUUCUAUGUACUUUCGCGAUCAAUAAAUGGCGUGAGAUGGAGAGAAACUCGCUUCUGAAACAAGAGCAGGAGAAGAAUCAACAACAUGGAGAUGCAGCUUUAUUGCAUCAAACGCCUCCAAAUUCGAUUCACAAAGCUAUGAAAUGAUGAUGAUCACACACACUCUCUUUCUCUCUCGUCUUCAUUUCUUGUAAUUUUGUUUUGAUCUAGAUGAUGCAAAAGAUCUUGAGAUUCUAGUAUCGUUGACCUAAAGUUUGGAUCUUUUUUAUCAAACCCAGUGGAAGAAAUUGGCUCUGUGUAUCUCUUUUUCUAUGAACCCUAGAAUCUGAUACUCAUACUCAUUUGGUUUCUGCUUUGUGCGAAGAUUAUUGUUUCUAUC